AUGCGGUCUUCCGUCCUGCUGCUGAGUCUGCUCGCAGGCGCCAUCGAGGCAGUCCCGCUAGAUCAGCAGCCACUGGGCGAUUCCCAUGAAGAGUUCUACGAUUUGGCGCAGACGCCACCGACCGGCGCGUCAGCACCCGCCUUGCAUGGCCGCUUUCUUCACGUCACAGAUUUCCAUCCCGACCGAUACUACAAAUACCGCGGAAAGAGCAAUGACGGGAGCUGCCAUCAUGGCAAGAAGGGUAAUGCAGGGUACUUUGGCGCCGAGGGCUCGGACUGUGAUUCGCCCGUGUCACUGAUCAACGAGACGUUCGCCUGGAUAGAGCAGAACCUUAAGGACAACCUUGAUUUCGUGAUUUGGACAGGCGACUCGGCCCGCCACGAUAAUGACGAGCGCAUUCCCCGGACCGAAGACGAGAUCUUGGAACUCAACAACUUCAUGUCUGAAAAAUGGGUGGAAUUGUUCGGCAUCCGAAAGAAUGAUGUCGGCAGCGCUGGUGUUCCUCCGGUGUCUGUCCCCGUGGUGCCCACAUUUGGCAACAAUGACAUUGCGCCACACAACAUCUUCAUGGAUGGACCGAAUGUCUGGACCAGGCGGUAUGCUGAUCUCUGGCGCCACUUCAUCCCGGAGGAUCAACGUCAUAGCUUUGUUGAGGGUGGAUGGUUCACUUCCGAGGUGAUCCCUGGCAAGCUGGCCGUGAUUAGUCUGAAUACGAUGUACUUCUUCGACUCCAACAGUGCGGUGGACGGAUGCGCAGACAAGUCAGAGCCUGGAUAUGAACAUAUGGAGUGGCUGCGGGUGCAGCUAAAGAUCCUUCGCUCUCGCAACAUGAAAGCUAUUCUGAUCGGCCAUGUCCCACCCGCGCGCUCAGGUGACAAGACGAACUGGGACGAGACUUGCUGGCAGAAGUAUACCCUAUGGGUGACUCGGUAUCGUGACGUGGUGGUGGGAUCCGCAUAUGGACAUAUGAAUGUCGACCAUUUCAUGCUGCAGGAUAGUCAUGAUGUCGACUUUAAAUUCCUGACGGAUAAGACCAUCAGCGACCGGGUAUCGAUCGAGUCCAAGACCGACUACAUUAGUUCGCUACGGUCGGAGUGGGAGGAUCUCCCAACCCCCCCUUCAGGAGUAUUUGAUGACUCGCCAGAUGCUGAACACCAAAAGAAAGGGAAGAAGGGCAAAGGAAAGAAGGAGAAAAAGCGCGAGAAGUUCCUAAAGAAGGUUGACGGUCCAUGGGCGGAGCGAUACAGUGUGUCCUUGGUAUCGCCUAGUGUGGUGCCAAAUUACUUCCCCACACUUCGAGUGAUAGAGUACAACAUCACUGGCUUAGCAAACGCUUUUGAGGCUCAACCUAUGGACUCAUCAUUGGCCGAUUCAAAUGAUCGGCCGAGCUCUCCAGAAAUACAGAAAAAGAAAAAGAAAAAGAAGGACAAGAAAAAGCAGCCCGACUUCAAGGUGCCCGAUGCACCAUCACCCACUAGCCCACCGGGGCCAGCCUACUCCAACCAGCCCCUUACUUGGCUGAGCUACACGCAAUAUUUCGCCAACCUCACCCAAACUAACCUACAAUUUGCAUCUGGCGAGAAAAACACCCAUAUCGAAUUUGAAGUCGAGUACAGUACUGGAGAUGAAGUAUAUCAGAUGAAGGAUUUGACGGUGCGAAGCUUUUACCAACUGGCUGUUCGCAUCGCAGAGCAAGGGGAGGCGGCCUAUGAGGCCACUAUCGCCAAAAAGGUCAAUAAUGCCUGGCGGGCUUUCCUCUCGCGUGCAUUUACAGGCUUUCUUGAUGUGGAUGACUUAAAUGACCAAGUGGACGCAUGA